CGAUCGUCAGUUCAUCACAAGCGGCCUGCUAAAUGCAUCUCAACUAAUAAGCCGAAUGAUCACAAGACUUUCACUUGCAAUGGGUCUCGGACCGUGUAGCCAGCAAGCACGAUUUGGAUCCCUGACGUGUUCGAGUGCAAUUCGCCCUCAAAACUGCCUCAAGAUGCAUCGCAUGAAAAGCUUGUCAAUCAGGCAUCUCGCUGCGCCCCACAAUGUACGAUGCAUGGCCUCGUCGAGGAACAACGAGGAGAAGAGCUGGUCAGAGAUUGCAAAGGACGCAGCGGAGCUGGCCGCAUCUGCAGUAAGCAAAGUGGGCAAGUCCAUCAGCAGUGCAGUGCGAUCUCUUGUGCCGCAGGAGCAGCAACAAAAGCAGCAGCCAUUGCGGCCCCAGCGCAGCUACGGUCGCUCAGAGGGCGACUAUGGCAAGCUCAAUCCAUGGGAAAGGGAGCGAGGCAGCCUUGGCAUGGGGGACGGCCUGGUCGGUGGUCUGCUGGGCCGCGCCGCAGGGGCCAUGCUUGGUGGCGCCAUGCGGCAGCUGCAGAACCAACAGGAGCAGGCAGAGGCCCUGCGGGAGCACGCAUUGAGGGUGAUGCAGUCCGACAGCCGGCUGAGGUCGCGCCUGGGUGGCAGCAUAUCGCCAGCACCUGGCGGAUCAUCAACGUCGACGUCUUCGCAGUAUAUUAACGGCCGGUCCACAACCACGACUACGUUGCAAUUCUUCGUCAGGAGUUCAUCUGGUCAACAGGGCCUUGCCAGCGUGCAGCAGACCGUGGGCGACACCGGCUCAGAUGUUAUUAUUAAGGUCCAAUUGCCCAAUGGCCAAGUCAUUCAAGUGGAUGGGAGCGGCAGCGAUGGGGUGGUGGGUGGGGAUGUCAUCGAUGUUGAGGUCAGGGACGUGCGAUGAUCUCAAGGCUGCCUUCACAGAGGCGGGCUUUGAAGCAUGUUUUCAUCCGUGUUGACACCAUGAUGGCAGGCAGAAUAUUCAUGAGCUGGCAGUCAAAGUUACACUCAAAUUCUGGUUCUCAAACUCACUGUCAGGGGAGGAUUAAAGUUAUAUCAAAGUUAUAGGACUUGUCCUUCCAAGCCGCUUGGGCAGCCUAAUGUGACAGCCUAGUUUGACAAUCAUAUGACAUGCAUCAUGCUGGCUCAUCAAGCCUAGAGGAAAAUCGGCGUUGGCGCCCUUUCAGGUUGAAGGUCCCACCUGUGCAAAAUCUGAGCGCA